AUGGUACUAGGAAAAGGCGCAUCAAGUUCACUAAGCAGAAAAAUGGUUGAUGGAGUUGAAAACAUGGUUAGUAAUUGCAACGAUUUCACUGUGCUAGUUGUUGAUGAUGAUCCUGUCAUUAGGAAACUCCAUGAUAUGCAUCUCAAAAAGUUUGGACUAAGGGCUCAGGUGGUCGAAAAUGGAAAAAAGGCUGUUGAUCUUUGCCAUUUUGGAACUAUUUUCAAUCUCAUUCUAAUGGACAAGGAAAUGCCUAUCAUGGAUGGUGUUGAGGCAACAAAGGAGUUGAGAGCUAUGGGGGUGAAUAGCUUGAUCGUGGGGGUGACUUCUCGUGACUCGCAGUAUGAGACGCAAACAUUCAUGGAGGCAGGUUUAGACUUUUGCUUUGAGAAACCAUUGACUGCUGAUAAGAUCAGUUUUAUUCUCCAAGAGCUUAACAAGAAGAAUUGA